AUGUCCAACUUCCAGCCGCCGCCCCCUCCCCCGGGCUGGGGACCUCCUCCGCCGCCGCCUCCGCCUCCAGGCCCUCCCUCAGACUAUCUCCCGCCGCCCCCGGGAGCUCCAGCACCUCCCCCGCCCGGCUACCGUCCGCCCACCGACCCCCAGAUCGCCAAGUUCGCCCAGAAGAAGAAGGAAUGGCUGCGCACCCAGAGGAACCGCUUUGGCGAGAAGCGCAAGGGCGGCUUCGUCGAGACGCAGAAGGCAGACAUGCCCCCGGAGCAUCUGCGCAAGAUCGUCAAGGACAUCGGCGAUGUCUCCCAGAAGAAGUACACCAGCGACAAGCGCAGCUACCUCGGCGCCCUCAAGUUCAUGCCCCACGCCGUCAUGAAGCUCCUGGAGAACAUGCCCAUGCCCUGGGAGUCCGCCCGAGAGGUCAAGGUGCUGUACCACGUCAACGGCUGCCUGACCCUGGUCAACGAGAUCCCCAGGGUCAUCGAGCCCGUCUUCCACGCGCAGUGGGCCACCAUGUGGCUGACGAUGCGAAAGGAGAAGAGCGACCGGCGACUGUUCAAGCGCAUGCGCUUCCCGCCUUUCGAUGACGAGGAGCCCCCGCUGUCAUGGUCCGAGAACAUCGAGGACGUCGAGCCGCUCGAGCCCAUCCAGAUGGAGCUGGACGAGGACGAGGAUGCUGCAGUCUACGAGUGGUUCUACGACCACCGACCCUUGGUCGACACCUCGCACGUCAACGGCCCCAGCUACAAGACCUGGAACCUGACGCUGCAGCAGAUGGCGGCGCUGCAUCGUCUCAGUCGGCCCCUCCUCAGCGAGAACUACGACAAGAACUACUUCUUCUUGUUUGACAUGAAGAGCUUCUUGACUGCCAAGGCUCUCAACGUCGCUCUUCCGGGCGGCCCGCGCUUCGAGCCGCUUUACAAGGAUAUCGACCCCAACGACGAAGACUUUGGCGAGUUCAACGCCAUCGACAGAAUCAUCUUCCGCAACCCCAUCCGCACCGAGUCGCGUGUUGCCUACCCGUACCUCUACAACUCGCUACCGCGUAGCGUGCACUUCAACUGGUAUUCUCACUCCCAGGUCGUCUACACCAAGGCCGACGACCCCAGCCUCCCUGCCUUCCACUUUGAUCCCAUGAUCAACCCCAUUUCGUCCCGCUCCGUGGCGCCCAAGAACAUCACCGUCAGUCAUGAAGAUGAACUGUUUGGCCCGGGCAACAUCGAGGAGCAGGAGGACGAUGCCUUCGAGUUGCCCGCUGGUGUGGAGCCUUUCUUGGCCGACGAGGAACUCUACAACGAGGACACCUCGGCGGCCAUCGGCCUGUGGUGGGCGCCCUUCCCCUUCGAUCGACGAUCUGGUCGUAUGGUGCGAGCACAGGACGUCCCCCUGGUCAAGCAGUGGUAUCUCGAACACUGCCCGCCCAAGCAGCCAGUCAAGGUGCGUGUAUCGUACCAGAAGCUGCUCAAGACCUAUGUUCUCAAUGAGCUCCACAAGAAGAAGCCCAAGGCUGUCAACAAGCAGAAUCUGCUAAAGAGCCUGAAACAGACCAAGUUCUUCCAGCAGACCACCAUCGACUGGGUCGAGGCGGGACUUCAGGUCUGCCGCCAAGGUUUCAACAUGUUGAACUUGCUGAUCCACCGCAAGAACCUGACCUACCUUCAUCUUGAUUACAACUUCAACCUGAAGCCGGUCAAGACCCUGACAACCAAGGAGCGCAAGAAGUCACGUUUCGGAAACGCGUUCCACCUCAUGCGUGAGAUUCUGCGGUUGACCAAACUCAUCGUGGACGCCCAAGUGCAGUACCGCCUCGGCAAUAUCGAUGCCUUCCAGCUGGCUGAUGGUAUCUUAUAUGCCUUUAACCACGUGGGUCAGUUGACCGGUAUGUACCGUUACAAGUACAAGCUCAUGCACCAGAUCCGAUCAUGCAAGGAUCUGAAGCAUCUGAUCUACUACCGCUUCAACAGCGGGCCGGUUGGAAAGGGUCCCGGCUGUGGUUUCUGGGCACCCGCCUGGAGAGUGUGGCUCUUCUUCAUGAGGGGUAUCAUCCCGCUGCUCGAGAGAUGGCUUGGAAACUUGCUGUCUCGUCAGUUUGAGGGUCGUCACAGCAAGGGCGUUGCCAAGACCGUCACGAAGCAGCGUGUGGAAUCACACUUUGAUCUUGAACUGCGAGCUUCCGUCAUGGCUGAUCUCAUGGACAUGAUGCCCGAGGGCAUCAAGCAGAACAAGGUGAACACCAUCUUGCAACAUCUCUCCGAGGCUUGGAGAUGCUGGAAGAGUAACAUUCCUUGGAAGGUGCCUGGCCUGCCCGCGCCGAUCGAGAACAUUAUUCUCCGCUACGUCAAGUCCAAGGCUGACUGGUGGAUCUCGGUUGCCCACUACAACCGUGAGAGAAUCCGAAGAGGUGCCACGGUGGACAAGACCGUUGCCAAGAAGAACGUGGGUCGCCUGACGCGUCUGUGGUUGAAGGCAGAGCAGGAACGCCAGCACAACUACAUGAAGGAUGGUCCCUACGUCUCCUCCGAAGAGGCCGUCGCCAUCUACACCACCACUGUGCACUGGCUGGAAUCUCGAAAGUUUACCCCUAUUCCGUUCCCCAGCGUGUCGUACAAGCAUGACACCAAGAUCUUGAUUCUCGCCCUGGAGCGUCUACGAGAAGCCUACUCUGUCAAGGGUCGUCUCAACCAGAACCAGCGCGAAGAACUCGCCCUGAUUGAGCAGGCCUACGACAGCCCCGGCACCACCUUGGAGCGGAUCAAGCGUUUCCUCCUGACACAGCGUGCCUUCAAGGAAGUGCAGAUCGACAUGAACGACAACUACAGCACCAUCAACCCGGUGUACGACAUUGAGCCUAUCGAGAAGAUCAGCGAUGCGUACCUUGACCAGUACCUGUGGUACCAGGCCGAUCAGAGACACUUGUUCCCCGCGUGGAUCAAGCCCUCCGACUCCGAGGUGCCGCCGCUCCUGACGUACAAGUGGGCGCAGGGCAUCAACAACCUGGACAAGGUUUGGGAGACUGCCGAUGGUGAAUGCAACGUCAUGAUCGAGACCGAGCUCUCCAAGGUCUACGAAAAGAUCGACCUCACGCUCCUGAACCGUCUUCUGAGAUUGAUCAUGGACCACAAUCUUGCGGACUACAUCAGCUCCAAGAACAACGUGCAGCUGACCUACAAGGACAUGAACCACGUCAACAGUUACGGCAUGAUACGCGGUUUGCAAUUUUCCGGUUUUGUGUUCCAGUACUACGGCCUGGUCCUCGAUCUGCUCCUCCUCGGCUUGAACAGAGCCACGGAGAUUGCUGGGCCGCCCAACAGCCCCAAUGAUUUCCUGCAGUUCCGCGACCGAGAGACCGAGACCAAGCACCCGAUUCGUCUGUACACCCGUUAUGUUGACAAGAUCUGGGUCUUUUUGAGGUUCACUGCCGACGAGUCACGGGAUCUCAUCCAGAGGUUCCUGACCGAGCAACCCGAUCCCAACUUUGAGAACGUCAUUGGAUACAAGAGCAAGAAGUGCUGGCCAAGAGAUUCGCGUAUGCGCCUUAUGAGACACGACGUCAACCUGGGCCGAGCCGUCUUCUGGGACCUGAAGAACCGAUUGCCCAGAUCCGUGACCACCAUCGAGUGGGACGACACCUUUGCCAGCGUCUACAGCAGAGACAACCCGAAUCUGCUCUUCUCCAUGUGUGGCUUUGAAGUCCGCAUCCUGCCCAAGAUUCGCAACCAAAACGAUGAGUUCCCCAUCAAGGAUAGCGUGUGGUCGCUCGUGGACAACACGACCAAGGAACGGACAGCCCACGCAUUCCUUCAGGUCACGGAGGAGGACAUCCAGAAGUUCAACAACCGCAUUCGUCAGAUCCUGAUGUCCUCGGGAUCCACCACCUUUACCAAGAUUGCCAACAAGUGGAACACGGCCCUGAUCGCCCUCUUCACAUACUACCGAGAAGCCGCCGUGUCUACCGUCAAUCUGCUGGACACCAUCGUCAAAUGCGAGACCAAGAUUCAGACCCGAGUCAAGAUCGGCCUGAACUCCAAGAUGCCGUCCCGUUUCCCCCCGGCCGUCUUCUACACCCCCAAGGAGCUCGGAGGUCUCGGGAUGAUCUCGGGUUCCCACAUCUUGAUCCCCGCCAGCGACAAGCGAUGGUCCAAGCAGACCGAUGUGGGUGUUACUCACUACCGUGCUGGCAUGACCCACGACGAAGAGACACUCAUUCCCAACAUCUUCCGGUACAUCAUCCCCUGGGAGGCCGAGUUCAUCGACUCUCAGCGCGUCUGGACCGAGUACUCGCAGAAGCGCCUGGAGGCCAACAACCAGAACCGACGUCUGACGCUGGAAGAUCUCGAGGACAGCUGGGACCGCGGCCUCCCCCGCAUCAACACCCUCUUCCAGAAGGACAGGAGCACGCUCAGCUUCGACAAGGGGUUCCGCGUCCGCAGCGAGUUCAAGAUCUACCAGCUGAUGAAGAGCAACCCCUUCUGGUGGACGAGCCAGCGGCACGACGGAAAGCUGUGGAACCUGAACGCCUACCGAACCGAUGUCAUCCAGGCCCUGGGCGGUGUCGAGACCAUCCUGGAGCACACCCUCUUCAAGGCCACCGGAUUCCCGUCCUGGGAGGGUCUCUUCUGGGAGAAGGCGAGCGGUUUCGAAGAGAGCAUGAAGUUCAAGAAGCUCACGAACGCCCAAAGAUCCGGUUUGAACCAAAUUCCGAACCGUCGGUUCACUCUGUGGUGGUCACCAACCAUCAACCGAGCCAACGUCUACGUCGGUUUCCAAGUCCAGCUCGAUCUUACAGGCAUCUUCUUGCACGGCAAGAUUCCUACUUUGAAGAUCUCCUUGAUUCAGAUCUUCCGAGCCCAUCUGUGGCAAAAAAUACACGAAAGAUACGCCGACGCGCCCCCUUUUACACUGUAG